AGAGCCCUCGCUCUUUCCUCUCUUAGAUAAUCAUACGAAGUCUCCCUAUGUAAGAUAGCUGGCUUUCCCCGCUAGAUCUAGUAUAGAUUAAUGCUUGGCCAUCAUCAAAAGUGAAAGGAUGAUGCCCAAACCCAAGGGCUUUGAAUUUUGGAAAAACACACUGAGAGGGGCCCGUUUUGUUGUUGCUCCCAUGGUGGAUCAAAGCGAAUUGGCUUGGAGACUGUUAAGCCGCCGUCAUGGGGCCCACCUAUGUUAUACUCCUAUGCUGCAUGCUCAGGUCUUUGUCAGAGAUGCCAAUUAUCGUAAGGAAAACUUGUAUUGUGAAGUGUGCCCGGAAGACAGACCUUUGAUUGUACAGUUCUGUGCCAAUGAUCCAGAAGUGUUUGUUGAGGCUGCCUUGUUAGCUCAAGACUACUGUGAUGCAGUUGACUUGAAUCUGGGGUGUCCUCAGAUGAUUGCAAAAAGAGGUCACUAUGGAGCAUUCCUGCAAGAGGAGUGGGACCUUCUCCAAAGAAUGAUUGCAUUGGCUAAUGAAAAGCUCUCUGUACCUGUUACAUGCAAAAUCCGUGUUUUCCCAGAAAUUAGUAAAACUGUGAAAUAUGCUCAAUUGCUAGAGAAAGCUGGUUGCCAGCUUCUAACUGUACAUGGGCGCACUAAAGAACAGAAGGGACCUCUUGUUGGUGUGGCUUCCUGGGAACACAUACAGGCUGUGAGAAAGGCUGUAAAAAUACCUGUUUUUGCAAAUGGGAACAUUCAAUACCUCAAAGAUGUGGAACGGUGUAUUCAGAAGACAGGAGUUCAGGGCGUGAUGAGCGCAGAGGGCAAUCUUCAUAAUCCCGCUUUAUUUGAAGGAAGAAAUCCUGUCGUCUGGGAGGUGGCUGAGGAAUACCUAGAAAUAGUACAGCAAUAUCCUUGCCCGUUGUCCUAUGUCAGAGCUCAUCUCUUCAAGCUUUGGCAUCACACGUUGCAGGUUCACCAGCAGUUACGUGAUGAAUUAGCAAAAGUGAAAACACUGGAAGGACUCUUGGCUGUCAACAGGGAGCUGAAGUUGCAUUGCCAGGAAGAAAUAGCGCAUUUGAAGGAAGAAGAGAAGCCAAAGGGAGGAUUACCUUUCUUUCACUGGAUUUGUCAGCCAUACCUAAGACCAGGGCCCAAGGAAAUGUGCAACAAAAUUGCCCCAUCUCACAUAGAAGGAACUACUCGGGGGAAACGAGCUCUGGAGGAAGAAGAAGAUGGGAACUCCGAUUCUCUCUCAAAAAACAAACAAAAGAAGAAGUUAAGGAAUCCCAACAAAAGCUUUGAUCCUUCAUUAAAACCUAAAUAUGCAAAGUGUGAUCAGUGUGGAAAUCCAAAGGGUAACAAGUGUGUAUUUAAUCUGUGUCGAGGCUGCUGUAAGAAAAGAGCUUUCAGAGAGACAGCAGAUUGUCCUGGUCACGGUCUGCUUUUUAAAACCAAACACGAAAAGUCUAUUUUGUGGAAGAGUGGCCAAUCUCAUAUGGAAAAUAUUAAGCGGACAACACAACAAGGCGAGGUGGAGGAAGCAUUGUUGCUUAAAGAAGCUAUCAAUGGUGUGGCAUGAAACCUUGGAAAGCCCUCCUGGAUCUUCUGACUACCCUCCCCUCCCUCCCUCCCUGGGCCAAAGAAACCUCUGCUUCCAGAACACAGCUGUUGACACCACAAGGCCUGUUUUAAAAUUAAUGACAAAUUUUACUUAAGAAAAAGUUACUUUCUCAGGGAAAUGUCCUGUAAUGGAAAUAAAAGGAUGCAAUUAAAGUUUUCAUGCCAUGUUGAAAAGACUUCAAAGACUGAGCCAGAAUACUGGCCUUACAAUGCUGCAUUGGAGACAUCUCUAAAGAUACGACCUGCCUGUUUUAAACUUUAUGUAUGGUUUUAAAAUUGGCAAAUAAAUCUUUUAUAAAAGCAGUUCUCUGGAAUAUUAUAACUAAUACAAUUAAGGUACAGUAUGUAUGAAAAAAAAAGGUUUAUUUGAAGCUGGCAUUGGGCACAGGCAGGAUGAUAGUGUAAAAAGACAGUAAAACUCAAAAGAGGGAAGGCAUAAUCAACAGGGUAAUGGACUAUUGGAUUUAGAUUUUUAUAGCUUCAUAAAAAUAGUGUGGCUGCAACUAUGCCUUUGUUGGAAAACUGCAAAUCAGCAAGUCAAGUGAUGCCAAGAAUGAAAGAAGCACAUUAUGUGUUUCAUGCUGAUUUUGAACAGUGAAAAGACAAUAUUUCUACUACUGGGACAGAGGUGGAUAAUCUAUGGCUCCUGACCUAACUUGGUAUUGCUGUUAGCCUGAUUUCAACUUCCUUUUUAAGAUCCUGUAAGGAUAGCUAGUUGUUCUUACCUUGCAAUCUGUUAGUCCAGAGAGAAAAUAAGAAUUUCCACUGAAACUUAGCUUGGUCCUAGCUUACUUGCCCAACUUUGGAUACCUCCAGUGGAUUAUCCCUUAAGAGAUGUGGCUCCUGGAUAAAGGAUCACUCACCUCUGUGGAUGGUAUAUUAGAGCGGGUUAUACACAUCAUAAAGCACAUUGAC